AUGCCGAAAGAUUGGAAUAUGAAGUACGAUUUUUGCGUCGAGUCUCUUGAAUCGAAUCCUCAUAGCAAAAGUGCAACAAGUAUCAAAGGAUUGGUCAUAGCAUCAACGAAGAAUGCUGCAUUCAACACGAUUAACGUGGAAGGAAUCGCUAAAACGAUCCUCAAUGAAAGGAAAACUUCUCAUGUUUUUGAUGCACCGAGAAUUUGUGAAGAUAUAUUCACAAAAAUCAAGAAAGCAAAAUCUCCGAUUAGAGAUGAGAACAUUAUUAUUUAA